AUAGUAAUAAUAAUAAUAAUAAUGAAGACAAUUCCUUUAUUGUAGUUACACAAAAUAACGAAGAAAGAAAGAAACAAAAUUAUUUCCAAUUUAAUAUGUUGAAUAAUAUAUUUAAAAAUAAACUUUCUAUAAAUAAUUCUUUUUAUUGUCUUAACACAGAUUAUAUAAAUAGUGAUAUAAAUUCUUAUGAAAUAAAAAAAAAAAAAAAUAUAUCCAUGUGUAAUAAUAUAACUGACGGAUAUGCCAUUAAAAAAUACGAGUCUUUAAGUGAAGAAAAUUAUAAGAUGGAAAAAAAAAAAAAAAACUUUUCUUAUCAAAACUUAGAAAAAAUAAAACAUAAUAAUAAUAA